AUGUCGCAGGAACAUCUACGCGAACCGACGAAUACGGAAAAUGACAUCGACAGAAACAACGACGACAGAAACAACGAUGACAGAAACAACGACGACGGAAACAACGACGACGGAAACAACGAUGACGGAAACAACGACGACGGAAACACCGACGACAGAGACAACUACGAAAACGACUACGGAAACAUUAACGACGACAGAAACGACUACGGAAACAACGGUUACGGAAAUGACGACGGAAACAAUUACGGAAACGACGGUUACGGAAAUGACGACAACAGGAAUAACGACGGAAACAACGACAACAGGAAUAACGACGGAAACGGAAUGAUGGCAGAAACGGUAGACAUAAUUACGAGCAACAAAACAAUGACCAACAAAUGGACGACGACAACAACGGCCGUGAGAGGGAGACAAGAAACCCACGCGCCGAGAUGA